AUGAAAUCUAUAAUUUACACUUUUAUUGUAUUUAUUGUUCUAAUAUUACAAAUUAGUAUCAAAGGUGAAUCAUUAUCUUUAUCAUCUUUUAAUCUUAUACCAAAGAUUAUUUCUAAUGGUCGAUUUGUACAAGAAGGUAUUCUUAAUUCUGAUAUUGAAUUAAAUGAAACAUUUCCAUGGUUAAAUCAAGAUCUUACAUUCGAUGCUAAUGCAUCGAAUUGUAGUCGAGAUAUUCGAUUAUUAAAGAGAGAUUUAUAUACUAGACAAAUAUGGGCAUUGAAAACAUUGGAUGCUUGGGGUAAAUUUCCUAGUGGAAUAAUGCAAGGAAAUAUCUAUUGGAUUGGUUCAGUAUCUGAAUGUGAACAUCAUUUACGUGGUUUAAAUAAUAGUGUUGUUGAACAACCAUUUCGAACACGAACAUGUAUUAUUAAUAAUGAUUAUACAAUUACUUUUCGACCUGUUUAUGGUAUUUGUGUACCUCAAAGUUGUGAUGCAAAUGAUAUUGUUCAUAUGAUUAAUCGACGUAUUAUUCGAAUUCCAUUUAUUAAAAGAUUCCUUCCUUUAACAAAUGAUAGUAUUCACUGUAUUGAUCAACGUUCAUAUGAUGCAAAAGCAAUUUUAACUAUUGUACUUUUAACUUUAAUUGUUUUUCUUAUUCUUGUUGCUACUGGAUUGCAUAUUGCAUAUGGACAUAAACAUGAUUUAACAAUGGAUGAUACACCUACAGCAACUUAUGAACCAAUAUUAAGUCGAACAACAACAACAGAAACUGCACCAUUAAUAACAACAGAUACUACAACAGCAGCAACAAUUAAUAUAUCUCAAAUAGAAAGUUCAGUUGAUGAAGAAACACCAUUGGUUUCUCGACCUCGAUCAGCUGUUGAUUCAGUGGCACAAAAUUUUAUUAAUUGUUGUUCAUUAAUUAGUAAUUAUUAUAUAUUAAAACGUGAACAUCAACCAAGAAAUCUUGCUUGUUUAAAUGGUAUUCGUGUUCUUUCACUUUGGUGGGUAAUUCUUGGUCAUACAUUGUUAUUUGCUGCUUUUUAUUCGGAUAAUGUAAUGACUAUUUUCAAUUGGUCACGUCAAUUAUGGUUUCAAAUAAUUAUACAAGCAAUAUUUAGUAUUGAUUCAUUUUUUGUCUUAAGUGGCUUACUUACUGCAUUUAUAUUUCUUAUAUGGAAAAGUGAAAAUGAAACAGUUUCAAUUGUAAAAUUUCUUCUUAAUCAUUAUGUUUAUCGUUAUCUUAGAUAUACAAUAUUUUAUGCUAUAAUUCUACUUAUCUAUAUUACUCUUUCACCAUAUCUUGGUCAAAAUGGUCCUGUUUAUCCAAUUAAUGGUAGUGAACCAUCAACUUGUGGACGAACUUGGUGGCGUAAUUUACUUUAUAUAAAUAAUUUUUUUGAUAUACGUGAUGGUUGUAUGGCGGUAACAUGGUUUUUAGCAGUAAAUAUGCAAUUUCAUUGGAUUUCACCAUUAUUUUUAUUGACUGUUACAUGGAAUUGGAUUGUUGGAAUGAUCGUAGCCAGUGCUUUUAUUCUAGUUGAUAUUAUAACAACAGCAGUAAUUGUAUCAAAAAAUAAUUAUGAUCAUGGACUUUUAAGCGAUUUAUAUUCAAAUGGAUCGCAUUGGUCAAAUACAACUCAUAAUUAUAUGAAUGAUGUUUAUGUUAAACCAUGGUGUCGUAUUGCUCCAUAUGCUAUUGGUUUAAUACUUGGUUAUGUUGUUUAUGAAGUUUAUACAAAUUCAAAUACAGUAUCAUGGGAAUCGAUUUUACCACAACGACGAUCAGUUCGAGCAAAUCGACUAAAACAAAUUCUAGCUGGGAUAUUUGCUUUGACUAUUUUAGGAUUAAUUAUUUUUGGUACAUAUGGAGAUUAUAAUGGACAUUCAUUAAAUCGAUCAGAACGUAUUGCAUUUCUUACUUUAUCAAGACUUGGAUGGGCUAUUGGAUUAGGUAUAAUUAUCAUUGUUUGUUUUAUUGGACAAGGAGGAAUAAUCAAUAAAUUCCUUAGUCAUCGAUUCUUUGAACGAUUGGCAAAAUUAACUUAUGGUGCUUUUCUUUGGCAUGCAUUAGUUAUUUUUGUUCAUUAUAUUAGUCGUGAUCAACCUACACAUUAUACAAUAACUAAUAUUUUAUAUGGUUCAAUUAUUAAUAUUAUUAUUUCUUAUAUUUUGUCAUUCUUUACUUUUCUUCUUAUUGAAUUACCAACAAUACAAUUAUUAAAAAAUGCUUUUCAACUUCAAUAA